AUGGACAGACGGCGUCUUUAUACGGAUGAGGAGGAGAGUGGUCCUUUGGCGGAGCUGCUGAGGCGCCACGGGCCAUUUACCUUCGAGGCGCCUCAAGAAUCGCAUGUAGGGACUGAGGAGGAGGAGAGUGGUCUCUUGGCGGAGCUGGUGAGGCUCCAGGGACAAGUUGAAGAGCCCAUUGUGGCAGCAGCCCUCGUGUGUCCGCCUACCCCACUUCUCAAGGUGCCUCGAGGCUCCAAUGGGAGCACUGGGCAGGCGCUGUUGAGGCGCCAGGGACAGCUUGAGGAGCUCGCCAUGGCGCCUUGCAUGCAGCGUCGGCUGAAUGUGAGUCCCCAGGAGCCCGUGCAUAUGGUGGUAGCAGGCGUUGGUGGUGAUGUCGCUACCAUUGAUAAGUUUGGUGCAGCAUCGGCCUCUCUGGUGCAACAGCAGCAAGUGGCGGUCAGAAGCUGGGUGGCACAGGCUGAGCUGGCAGGGCUGUCUCUGCCACCCGAUUUGAUCCAAGAAUCUGUGCAUGCCGCCCGUUACGCGCAGAUGCAGAUGCGGAUGGAGGAGCAAGGGGGGAUGGGCGAUUCUCGUGUGCAUGAGAUGCUUGAGUAUUCUCAAGGGCACGCUGAGGUGGAAAAACCAGCCCUGGCUUUCCCGGUGUGGCUGGAGGAGGGUAGGUGCUUAGUACAGGAGGGACAAGGGAUGAACAGCAUGGACCCUGCAUUGUCAGGCGGCCUUGCCGGGCCCGCCAGCGCCUGCCUUAACUCACACGACGAUGCAUCUCUUGCGGCCUCCCCAGCAUCACGCUUUGCUGUUGCAGCUGUUGCUGCUGCUGCCUGUCCGCUCCCUGCUUUCUUCACGCCCACCGCUCCUGGUGUUUGCUGCACGCCUGGCUGUGCUGGUGCUUGCUGUUCACCUGCUGCCACUCCUGGUGUGUACCAUGAGGGAGAAUGGGGUCACGCCGUGACAGUGCAAGAGCCUCCUGCCACGUGGACGUCCCUGAUUGGUUCGGAGAAGGUACUGCAGUGGUCGAAAGUGAGGGGAGUAUCGGACGAGAGGGAAGUGAUUAAGGCAGAAUGGGCGGUGAGAAAGGAAGAGACGGGAGUGAAAGAGGCAAAGCGGAAGGAGGGCGGGUGGGAAGGGGAGGACUGGCGACCGCGCAUUCGAGCACGAUUGGAUGGGCAGGCGGUGGGGCUGGGAUGCAUACAGGCCAGGAGCAUGAAGGAGAGGCACCGCCGCGAUCGCAUCCGGAGAGGCCUAGAGAAGCUUCGUAGGGUGCUACCCCCAUCUCUCACAAGAGCACAACUCGAUACAGCCACAAUGGUGGAGUCUGCCCUCUCUCACAUACGAGACCUACAGGUCCAAAUUGAAGCAUUGGAGAACUCGACAGGUGCUGCCGUCAAAACACCGAGAUGUGCAGCAGAGGAGGCAGCAUGUGGCUCAGCAACGCCCUAG